AAUCCACUUAUCAAAAAAUAACCCCACAUGCAGAAGAAGAUGAAGGACGUUUUGGGGCUAUCUUGGUGAAUUAUAGGCAGAUUGAAGAGAUUCUGUCUGUACUCAGUGCUGGCAGACUGCAAAUGAAGCACAAGAAGAGUGGGGGUCCCACCUAUCGGCCAGCUGCGGAACUCUGUGGCGCACAAUUUGAAAAUGCGGUUGGGCCAAACCGCAUAUAAGCAAACAGAUCACGCAAAUUAAAUUAAUUACAAUAUUUUUUCGGUCACAUUAUAACAAAACCAAUAAAUCGAGUUACCUGUGUUUGAUGGACAGGUGGCUCACAGAGGGUACUUGAGCCUUUCAUCACCAGAAUCUCUCAGUAUUUAUAUUUUAGUUCUUUCCUCCAACUUUACAAAACCUCUUUGAAUAACAGUAAAUGGCAAAACCUUUCUAAGAUUUAGUCCCCCUCAUCGUUUCUUGUACUUUCACAAAAAUAUCAUAUAACUUUGUUUCAUAUUUGUCUCCUUUAUUUUGAUCUUCCAUCUAAUUUACCUUUUUACAAUGUAUAAAAAUACCAAACAACUUCAAGACAUCCCACAUUCCUUCCCUAUCAGUUCUGCCCCUUAAUAGAUGUGAGUUUAACUUUGACGAGCAAGUGACGUCACUCCAUCUCACAGAACUUCCUUUCCCCUAAUGGGAUCACCAAGAGUCCCUGCAGUAAAGGACGUCAUCCCUUUCUGGCUCCUCCUCCUCUGCCCUUCAAUCUCCUUCUGGCAUUUUUUUUUACUUUAUUCCUUUUUGUUGCAGGCUUCUGGGUGUCCAGCAGCACAAAAGCUUUCAGAGACACUUGUGUCAAAUGCAACAUGGAGAGGAGUGAGGAUGUUCACAGCAAAUUUGGUUCAAGAUUUCUUUUUCACAAAAGGCUUCUGGGUGUCCAGCAGCACAAAAGCUUUCAGAGACACUUGUGUCAAAUGCAACAUGGAGAGGAGUGAGGAUGUUCACAGCAAAUUUGGUUCAAGAUUUCUUUUCCACAAAAGGCUUCUGGGUGUCCAGCAGCACAAAAGCUUUCAGAGACACUUGUGUCAAAUGCAACAUGGAGAGGAGUGAGGAUGUUCACAGCAAAUUUGAUUCAAGAUUUCUUUUCCACAAAAGGUGUGGGUAGUGCACAUACUUUCACCCAUAGGAUUGUAUGUCAUCAUGUUCAUAAAUUUUAUGGCUUGACAACAUUGUGGUGACCUUUGUGUGCAUCAAGUCAUUUGAUUUCAUGUAUAUGUUUAUUUAGAAUGCAUAAGUUUAUGAAAUGUUUAAUUGAUAAAUGUUACUUAUAAAGAGAUCUUGCAUUUUGAAAAUUUGUUAAACUCAGAGAUCUGCAUUAUGAGGAUCAAAAGGGUCUCGGUAGUGUCUCUAUUUAUAAUGCUAGUCUUUGAAGACAAACUUCAAGUAAUGUUUUAUUAUUAGCGAUUUUGGAGCAAAGGGGAACUGAUGUACGGAUCAUGUCUAGCAGCUGUCCCUUGCCCUGCUCCUCAGAUUCUGCCUUGUUAAGGUAACACUCAAUGUCGUUUGUUGCUUCUUGAGACCUGUCCUACGUCAUGGAUGUGAACGUGAUAGAGAUGGGUAGGAAGGACCUUGACUUAGCUCUAAGGGCCUUUAAAGAAGGGGAAGCUGGUGGAACUGAUGGGACCUUAGGCAAGUUCAUGAGAUAUGGAGAAGGAAAACUGAGUAAUGAAAAUGGAAGAAAGAUAGUGAAAGCUUGAUUAGGGAAGGUAAACAAGACAGGAUGGAAUAGUAUUUUGAAUAGUGGUUGAUGACUGAAAUACAUUUAUUUAGCCAGCUUGUUGCUGCUAAGUUACUCAGAAACUCUAAAA